CUCGGCUCACUGCAACCUCCGCCUCCCCAGUUCAAGCGAUUCUCCUGCCUCAGCCUCCUGAGUAGCUGGGAUUACAGGCGUGCACCACCAUGCCCAGCUAAAUAUUUUUUUAAAAUGCUGAUUUCAUCCUAUUCUACUGAAUUCUUCACCCAUGAACCUAUAGUUUGGAAAAGACUAAUCCAGGGCAGGUGGCUCCCCCUGGAAUUUUUGGACCAGGCUGCAGUUUAUCUGUAAAGUGAAGUGGGGAGGGGAGGAUCAUGGGUACAGCUUUGCAGGCCGUGCACAGGUUUAGAUUCUCCCCCCAUCGGGUUAAGACCUUGCUCUCCUAAGGGCUGGCCACAGUCCAGAGCAUGGAUGCUUCUGGUGAACAGGAGACGCAGGUGGAGCUGAGCCUGAAGCUAAAUAAACAUCUGCUUAUUAAUUCAUUUUUCUUGCCUGUCUGGUUUGUGCCAGGCACUGUGCUAGGCCUCAUUUACUCUUCCGACCUCUUUUUUUUGGGAGGAAGAACAAAUCUUCCGUUUGUACUCCCCAGAGUGGGAAAGGAAAGAGCCUCCUGCGAUCAUACCCACCAUCUGACCUCAAACAACACCAGCAGCGCUCCUCUCCCAAGCCCUGACUGUGGCCAGGUGCUGGGCUGAGCUGUGUGUCACAUCACUGAAUCCUCACAAGAAAUGUAGAGGGGCUUGUAAGUUCCCCAUUUUACAGGUGAGUUAAGAGGCUGGGGAGGAGGAGAAGUCAGGACUGGAAUCUAGCUCUGUUCCAAAGCCGGCUCUUAAUUACCAACGUGGGGGUGUGUUCCUGGCCCUCAUUUUUCGGGAGGGAGUAACUCCCCCCAUUUUGGCCCCCACAUCCCUGAGAACCUUGGGGUCUGGCUGUAGGAGGUGGGGGAGCGCGGGGGGUCUGCGCUGGCUAGUUCCUGAGAUCGUUAAAAGUAGACUUUCCUUUCGCUCCAACUAUCCCGGUGUCUCACACACUCUCCUGGGCCCCCCGCCACCCGACCCGGGGACCCCCGGAGGCUCGCCAGCUCUCCAGGAUGGGAAUUUCGUGACGUUCCCUGCCCGAGCUUCGGAAAGGGCGGGGGAGUGCUGUAAGGGGCUAUCACGCAAGUGCAGACCCUCUGCUGCUGCCGCAAACGGCGGGCCUCACCUGGACCCGGGGACUCUCCAACGAGGGGCACUAGCCUGGCCCGACUGGGCGAAUCCCCGCGUCCGUACCCGUUCCGUCGCACAGUUCCACGACUCGCUCCCCUGCCGCCCCGCCUGUUCGGGGGUGGGUGGGCGCUUCCCUCGGCUCACCGUGACACUUUGCAGACGCUCCCCGGCGCCGGGCAUGGGCGCCGCCGCCGUCGGUCCCCGGGCCGGAUUCCGCGCGCGGGACCUCGGUGGCUGGGGCCCCUGCCCCUGACUCUGCGAACCAAGGAGUUUGAAGCCCAGGCGUGUUUUGCCUCAGUCCUGGGGUCCGGGCUCCCUCCUCCCUCAGACCAGGGAUCCAGGCCAGAAGGUCCUUCCUGUCUCACUUCACCUCCCCCGGGAUGGACCCUCGAGUCCAUCCGCGUCCCUCCAUUUGUGGCUGCUGUUUCUGUCCAGUGCCCCUGAGGCCCUCGGCUGCUGGGGUCUGCAGGAAGCCACGCCAUGAAUGACCGGAGCAGCCGGAGGCGGACAAUGAAGGACGAUGAGGCCUUCGAGAUCUCCAUCCCCUUCGACGAGGCGCCCCACCUAGACUCACAGAUCUUUUACAGUCUGAGCCCUUCUCGGGGAAACUUCCAGGAGCCUCCGGAGGCUGCGUCCCCCGCCCUGGCUUUGGUGAACAGCGUCAAGGCCCAGCUGCACAUGGCUCUGGAGAGGAACUCCUGGCUGCAGAAGCGCAUCGAGGACCUGGAGGAAGAGAGGGACUUCCUGCGGUGCCAGCUGGACAAAUUCAUCUCUUCUGCUCGGAUGGAGGCAGAGGACCACUGCCGGAUGAAGCCUGCGCCCAGGCGGAUGGAGGGGGACAGCCGGGGUGGGGCUGGGGGCGAGGCCUCGGACCCUGAGUCAGCAGCCUCCUCCCUCAGCGGAGCCUCGGAAGAAGGCAGCGCCAGCGAGAGGAGGCGGCAGAAGCAGAAGGGAGGUGCUAGUCGGAGGCGCUUUGGGAAGCCCAAGGCCCGGGAGAGGCAGCGAGUGAAGGACGCCGACGGGGUCCUCUGCCGGUACAAGAAGAUCCUGGGCACCUUCCAGAAGCUCAAGAGCAUGUCGCGGGCCUUCGAGCACCACCGCGUGGACAGGAACACCGUGGCGCUGACCACGCCCAUCGCCGAGCUGCUCAUUGUGGCCCCCGAGAAGCUGGCCGAGGUAGGCGAGUUCGACCCCUCCAAGGAGCGCCUGCUUGAGUACUCCCGCCGCUGCUUUCUGGCCCUGGACGACGAGACGCUCAAGAAGGUGCAGGCGCUCAAGAAGAGCAAGCUGCUGCUGCCCAUCACCUACCGCUUCAAGCGGUGAUCGCACCACGCCUCCGCGCCUCCGCCCGGGCCUUCCUCCCCCGCGGACCCCGGCCCUCCCCAGGCCCCCGGUGGAUGACCUGCGCCUCUCCCUGUCGUGCCCCUGCCCCUCCUCCUCGCUCCCUGGGUUGGGGGCUCCCUUAGCCGGGCCCGCCGCAGCCCCUUACCGAACGCCGGCAUCCCCUUCCGCUUGGGCUGGCCAGCCCUGUCCUCGCCGGACCCCUUCCUCCUGGAAAUCAACCAGGCAGGAGGGUGCCCCCCCUCGGGUGGGGGACUAUAUAGACCCCGUCUCCGCCCCGGCCCCGCGGAGGAGCUGCCCACCUGAUUGCCGGACAGACCUCCUCAACUCCGCGUGAGACAGAGAAUUAUUCAGAGAAUUUAAAUUAAAAAACGACGUGAAAAUUUGGAAUAAA